UCCGCCAUUUUAGAAUUUGCCCAAGAACACACAACACGGUCGCUGUCGUAGUGUACGCUAAGAAAUAGGGACAAAGAACACAUUUUAUACACGCUAUUAUUUCAAUCGAUUACACUUUCAUUUUCGCGUUUAGUCUUUUACAUUUUUUUCCGGGUGGAGCAAGAUGCCGAGCCACCCACUUCGCGUAGCGGUGGUGUGCUCGAGCAACCAGAACCGCAGCAUGGAAGCUCACAACAUCCUCAGCAAGCGUGGGUUUGACGUAAGGUCAUUUGGAACCGGCUCACAUGUGAAAUUGCCAGGUCCUGCUCCGGACAAGCCCAACGUGUAUGACUUCAAAAUCACUUACGAGCAGAUGUACAGCGAUCUGGUCCGCAAAGACAAAGACUUAUACACACAAAAUGGAAUCCUCCACAUGCUGGACCGUAACAAGCGCAUCAAGUCUCGGCCGGAGAGGUUCCAGAACUGCAAAGACCAGUUUGACCUGGUCAUCACCUGUGAAGAGAGGGUCUACGAUCAGGUGCUGGAGGACCUGAGCUCUCGUGAGCAGGAGUCGUUCCAGCCGGUGCAUGUGAUCAACGUGGACAUCCAGGAUAACCACGAGGAGGCCACGCUCGGAGCCUUCCUCAUCUGCGAGCUUUGCCAGUGUAUCCAGCACACGGAUGACAUGGAGAACGAGAUGGACGAGCUGCUCCAGGAGUUUGAGGAGAAGAGCGGGCGGCCGUUCCUGCACACAGUCUGCUUCUACUGAGCCGCGCCGUGCCGUGCAGAGCCGAGCGGAUCCGAGCUGAGCGGAUCAGAGCAGCGGGCUGCUCCCUCCCCAGUACUGUGAUGUGAUGUGCUCUGCCGUCACGUCACUGCACUGUCUGCCCCCCCCACCAAAGUCACACAUUCACGCCAUAUUUACACACACACAAACACAGUACAGAACUGUUGGGCAGGGGGUAGUAGGGCUUACUCACGAUGCAACAGCAUCACCCCCCUCCUUUUACCAUGCCUGCUGCCUUGCAAUGACCUCUGCCCCCUUUCAAGGGCACCAGAAAAGCUUUGCACCCCUCCUCCUCCUCCUCCACCUCCAACACCAGUAACCUUGUGCUCCAGGGAGCCAAGGACGGGCAUGGUCACUCACAUGCACCUGACCCGUGUUCCCAUAGCAAGUGAGGUGGCAUUUAAUGGUUUUAGUUGUUUUUCUUCUUCUUGGUUGGAGGAGUUUCCUGUACAAUGAUAAGAUGCAUAGGUACAGACCUACCUACUGUAGGAAUGCAAGGGCAGGGUGCCGAGCAGUGACAAGGUGGCUCCUUUUUUACCUACUCUUGCACCCUCUGUCACUUGAAACCCCCACCCCCACCUCCCCCCUUCAGCCACACAUCACUGCUCAGUGAUGCCUUCAGUGGGUGAGGGACGCACGCACGCACGCACGCACGCAGGCAGGCAGGCAGGCAUGCAGGGGGAGCAUUGCUGUGUAGAGGUGGGGUGGGUGGGGGUGUAUGACAUCCCAUAUCCUGGUCCCCCCUCUCCGCUCUCUAGCAAUUAACAAGGUUACGGGUCACCUCAUUCUAAUCCCCAACCUCUGGCCCCUGCGACUCUCCAUCACCCCCCUGUGACAUGGACAAGGCCAUUAACAUGGCAGAUACCCCUUCUCCAUCCCCUCUUCUCUCUCUUCCCUUCUUUUCUCCCUCUUCAUCUUCGGUCCCUCUCAUUUCUCCUCUGUGCUCCCCCUCCUGAAGAGCGAUAGGUUUACUGUAAGUACUACAAGUGUAAUAAUCCAUUUUCAUUUCUUUUUUCUAUUUUGUUUUAAUUCUUUUCUUUUAUUAUAUAUAUACUUUUUUGCCUUGUCACGUAUGUGUGAUGCCCUGGGAUGUGCAACAUGAAAAAACAAGAUGAGCAGAGGUGUAGUUUUUUUCUAUUCCAUUGUGUGCUUGUGUUGUGUGAGAACGACCUUCUAGCUGACUGAUGUAGGGUUUUAAUGCAAGUGUGCGUGCAUGUGUGAGUGAGACUCUCGCAGGUUAUUAUUGAGGAGGAUUUAGUUGUUGAUCCAAAUGGUGACAGGCAUUGAUAGAAAUGAUGGAAACUUUAUAAUUAUAUUAUUGCAAUGUUUUGAUAAAUUCUUUAAACAUCAGAUUUGUUAUCUGCUCAGGGGGGAGAUAGAUUUGUUUUGUUUUUUUGUCUGUCCUUUUUUUGUAUAUUUAGCAAGACUACAAAAAAAAAAUAUUGAGUUCAUUGCAAACUGAGAGCUCAGUCCAGAGUGCCUGAAAUUCUUUAUGUAAAUAAUGAAUCUGAUAAUGGAAUAAAUGUCAAAAAAAAGCAAAAUAA